AUGAAUGAUACCAAGAGAGGAGUGAACAAGGCGGGUAUGUGGCCCCCUCACCUAUACCCAGCAAUUAACCAUACAAACACAGUAGCACAGAGGGGUAGUUUAACAACUAAACGCUCAUGUCGAGUAGCCACCGAGCACUUGGGCCAACGGUUGGAUGUUGCGAGGCGGGGAAGAUCAUUUUCUUGCGCUGAGGACUCACGAAUUUUGCGCAAUAUCAAUGAUAUCAUUGAACUCGUCAACACAGCAAAAAUCGACAGCGAUGACACGAGCACAUGUGAGUCGCAAACUUACGGUAGUGACAAGAAUGGAAGGUCAAAGCUAGUCAACCUUCUAGCCGCACGGCUGCAAGAGAUCAAAAACCUCCAACUAACCAAAGAUGCACAAAAACCAACACCACGUCAAUGCAAAGAGAAAAGUCGUACAACAGGAACGGAUCCACAGAAUCAUAAAACCUCCGAUUCUUUGAAGCUACGCGCCAGCGCCCAGGAUAAUGUGCAGCUAGAAGAUAAGACAGAGUUCCAUGAAGCCAUUCAGCGUGCCCCCUCAGUAACCAGGGCGUUAUACAAACGCCCAAUUGUCAAUGUAGCAUAUGCUAAGUUGGAUACUGCGCUUGUGAAAGCUGCUGCGAAACGACUGCGAUGGGAUAUUUGUGAUUCACCCUCUGGCGGCGAUAUAUUCUGGUUUGCGGUAUGUCUGACUGAACUGACACUGAAAGAGCAGACCAAAUCUUUGUUCGGUGUAACGUAUAAAAAAGUGACAAUUAAUAGAUUUGCCGACAUCCAGUCCGCCGCUCGAAAAACCCUUUUCGCCUGCCUAACGGAUAUUUAUGAUAGAUACACAGAGGAAGACAGGCAUCUCUACAGUCCGGUAACUUCUCCAAAGACAUACCUCUUUCCGCGUGGAAACAACAAAGUAGUGCGUGCGCUGAGGUCAGGUGUACCUAUGAUCCUCAAACCCUCCGCAGGGUCCAUGGGAAACGGCAUAAAGGUCGUAACUAGCCCGGAGCAAAUACCACCCGCAGUGGCAAGGGGAAACAGUUAUAUAUGUCAGGUCUAUAUAGCACGACCUAUGCUUAUAGAUGCCCGGAAGUUUGAUUUUAGAGUCUAUAUACUACUCACAAAUAUAGGAGGAGGGUUUCACGCGAUGCUGUCUACCCUAGGGAUUGUACGCAUAUGCACGCGACCAUACCAGUGCCCGGAUCGCGAAAACUGCGACGACCCUUACAUACAUCUGACUAACUACUCCAUAAACCGCCACCACGAACACUACCAUAGAAGCACGCACGUAGAAGAUACCAAGGGUAAUAAGCGGACGUUGCGUUCGGUGCUGGAGGCUCUCAGCAAGACGCAUGGAGUUGACAUUAAGGAUAUCUGGAAUCAAAUAACUACAAUAGGGGAGGCAGCGGUGUCGAUACUCUACCCCGUUGUGCAACUUAACUCAAACCAGUCGGACGCAUAUAGCUUCCAGAUCAUGGGAUUAGACUUGCUACUGGAUGAAAGAGGAAAAAUGUGGUUGCUCGAAGUUAAUGCAAAUCCGAGCCUACAAUAUAUGUACAAUGACAAUAACUCUGUCAAAUAUGAUGUGGUGGACCACCACGUCAAGGUAUCCCUGGUUGAAGAAUGCCUAAAGCUGGUGCACAGGAUGCGCUGUGGGUUUGUCUACCAAGGGGAAAGUGGCAGCUGGAUAGAGCUCAGAGUACGCAUACCGCCAGAGAUAGGAGAGGUUACGGCCCUAUACGCCGAGUACAAAACAAAAUAUCCAAGUGAAGAGUUGGAUUGCGAAGAAUGGGUGCGCUUCUGCAAGGACAACGGGUUACUAGCAGUAUUGCGUGAUGCCGUUAUAAAUCAGCGUGAAAAUAUUGAUGGUACAAUAAAAUCUCCGUAUCAAGAGGCAAAAAAUGUUCUUAGGAAUACAUUCUUCCGUACUCACACACGCAGCCCCGUGAAGGGAUUCCCCGAAUUUCUUAGCCAGAUGGAAGCUUUGCGGGAGAAAAUAUUGCUGGAAAUAGGUCUGGAGCGCAUCCGUCCGAUCUUCGGAAGGAGCGACGUGACCACCACAGCGUGCGACCUGCCGCUUGCCUCAGUUCGUUGGUCGAUCACAUGCAGUUCUUUACCGACUUCCGAGACUAGGAUGAGUGCGAGCAAUGUGCUCCCGGAAGCACUAGAAGGGGUAUCUGAAGAGGACGCAAGGCUCAUCUUGCACUUGAGUUGGCUCUACGGAGGUUAUUCUAUGAGAACGCGAAAAAAUGCCUCGCCCGCACCACAGGAUCCAGACGAAUCCGACUACCAAGACGCUAGUGCACGGCGGAAGUAUAAAACAAAGGGAACGAGGGGCGCUCCGAGGCGAGUCACCACCGACUCUACACGACCAAAGACUGAAGAGCCGAAAAAGAGGGGCCGUAAACCCAAGGCUCUUAAUAGCACGCCCAAUGAUGUGGCAAGUGCAAGUGUAGACAAGCCUGUUGACGAAUAUGGAUACAAGGCCACAACGGAAGAAGGACUGAUAUAUACAAAAAAACGAAGCAAUAGUGGCACCCAUACACCAGAUACAGUGCGCCCAAACUAUAGGGAUGAUACUUCAAGCUGUAGCACGUGUGCUAACACAUCUGAUUCGAUUUAUGAUUGUUUUCGUAAGGAAGGAGAGCUAGUACUUCCGGAUCGAAGGCGGCCUCGAUGGGGGAAUCAGUUUACGCUCAAAGAUAAGAUAAACAAAUUUAUAGAAACAGGAGUUGCUACUCGCACUGAUGUUUGCGAUGGUUCACCUAAUACAUUAUCCAUUUGUACUCAGUUUGAGCUCUCGAACCAUGAAGCUAUGGUCGCAGAUGUGGAUCGCGUGCAUUACUACCGCGCAGCCAUAUUCUGGUCGGGACAUGACAAUACUGAUGGUUCCAGUGGGCAUUUGACCAAGGAUUCGGUCUCAGGAAGCAAUUUUGAUUUUGAAGGAAAGGGGGACUGUGACGGUAACGUGUCCAGUGGAGAGGGUGAUAUUCAAUUAUAUGGCAAAUCCUCAACAAAUACGAGCUCUAACUCUGCUGACAUUAAUUCCAGCACUGCUGUGAGCUAUUAUUGUAACAAUAAGAAGGUGCUCGAAGUUGGCACAGGUCCCAUGUGCGUUUUGGCUAUGAAUGCCCUAAACGCGGGAGCAAAGUUUGUGGACGCCCUGGAAGUCUCUAGCAGCGCUGCGAGGCUCGCCGGGAAGCUUAUGGCUGCAUAUGGAGUUUCCAAUAAGAUACGUGUAUUCAAUUGUCACUCCAAAAACUUCUUUUUUGAUACGGCAUCUUUCUUCGGACUUACGAAAGGUGACCAGUUCGCGUCGCGUGAGGUUGUACUUCCCAAAGAACCACCGUAUGAUAUGAUUAUUAGCGAAAUUUUGGGUGAUUUCUGCUCACAAGAGGGGGUUGCGGACGUUAUACUAGACAUUCAGCGCCGCAUACUUUUUAAUAACCCCGAGUACAUUAAAAAAGUGAAAAGCAUCCCAACCGCUGCCUCAACAAUGUUCGUACCGUGUGUGUUUCCCGACGCAGAUAACGUCAUGAAUAAGGCUCUGCUACACGAUGAGAUGACAAUCUUUAGUCCCAGCUACAAGAUGAUGCAAAGUGUAGGUCUUAAAAUAGACAACCUGCAACUUUGCACGGAUUGGAGGAUUUUUGAAGAACUUCAUUUAGAGGAGUGGAUGCAGCCACAAAUGUGCCAACAUUAUGAAUCAUGUUUUACUAUAACAAGCUCCGGUCCCAUGUGUGGGUUCUUGGUCGGUAUUGACGUUGAGAUUAGACCCAAUGAACACUUUGGUACAAAGUUUGGUCACUGCGAAUCAUGGUACUCUAAUAUUAUACUUUACGAUAAAGAGUAUCACGUACACUAUGGGGAUAUAGUCGUAGCCAGAAGCGUAGCUAACCUAACCAACUAUAUGACUGCCAAUUGCUUAGGCGACAAAAUCCAGGCAUCGCGGCCAUCUUACUCAGUUAGAUCGUACAUACUGAGCCCAGUGAGGGUAUAUGAUUUGGAGAUAGAUGAGACGGAGGUAUUUGUAUAUGAGAAGCAAAUAGAAUCGAGGCGAAUGUCAUGCCCGUGUAUUGCUGAUUGCUCAUUACAACCCGUCACAUCUGUGCCGUUGUCGGUGCUGUCCCAAAUCAACAUGGAUUCGAUCAACUCCGAGUGCCUGGAACCGGACGAUUGGUUGCAAAAUUAUCAGUGGGUACGUAUGGGUGAAGAGCUCUACAAAAUAAGAGUACGCCCGCCCAUAGUUACAAUUGACUACAAAGAGCAAACCUGCGCAACAUUUCAACAGGUGCCCUCAGCAAAACGCAAGUUACCAACAGACCCGUCUAAGGGUUACAAGAAAGUUAAAUCGAGAAUGUAG